GGAGCGCGCGCCACACUGUGCCCAGGGCGAGGGCAGAACGCAGCGCGCUCAGCAGCGAGGACACGCGCACAAGUUCGCACGAGUGUCUAAAGCGCGCGUCUCAUAACUGUGUGCGUUUUAGCACAUCACACGCUUGUGUAAGGUGACCAGAUCAGGCGCGCGAGUGAAGAAGCGGGUGGGAACGAGGUUGGCUCAGAUUACAACUUUCACGUUUUCUGGGUACGGCUGUGAGGACUUUCAGAAAGCAAGAAGACAGCGUGAGAAAGCGCAAAGAAAAUCGAUACGGAACGCAGCGGAUAAGGUUUUACUUCCCGAUUUGAUUUUUAUUUUUGUACUUUAUUUGUUUUUAAUAUAAUGAAUGCACGAGAGGAGAAUCUGCUGAAAUCGAUCAGCAACGACACGCUGCUGGACCUGACGCAGCGUUACGGCCAAGCGGCACUGGGAUUCGGCCCGGGUCACGGCGCAUCAAGUCCUGCCCGCUUCGCGCUCGCCUCCUCCGCUGCUGCAGACUUCCUCACGGCGCAGACGGCCAAAUCCGGCGAGAGCGGCGGCGAGCACACGAGCGACGACGACGACGGCUUCGAUGUGGACGCUCGGAAACAGAGCCCGGCCUUUGGAGAGGACCCCAAGCACGCGGCCACCAAGAAACCCAAGGAGCAGCGCUCACUGCGCCUGAGCAUCAACGCGCGCGAGCGCCGGCGCAUGCACGACCUGAAUGAUGCGCUGGACGGCCUGCGCGCCGUCAUCCCGUACGCACACAGCCCGUCUGUGCGCAAACUGUCCAAAAUCGCCACGCUGCUUCUCGCCAAGAACUACAUCCUCAUGCAGGCGCAGGCUCUGGAGGAGAUGCGCCGGCUCGUGGCAUACCUUAACCAGGGCCAAACAAUGACGUCGGCCGUACCGAGCGCACUGGCCCCGUUCGGACAGACCGCUGCCACCGUAUACCCGUUCUCAGGCACGGCGCUAGCAGCCUGCGUGGAGAAGUGCUCGUACUCGGCGGCGCCUUCGAGUCUCUUCAAGCACUGCAGCGAUAAGCCUUGAUUCUCUCACACACACACACACACACACACACACACACACACACACACACACACACACACACACACACACACACACACACACACACACU